UACAGAAACGGUGAUAAAACAGGGCUGUACAGUUCUUUUCUCUAGUACUUCCGUAGCUUAGAAAGCUUAAGUGGGAAGUACACCUGUGCAUAAGGUCUUUUGCAAAGUUUGUAGGUUGCUUAAUUUAACUGUUGAACGGGCUCUGAGAGGUGUAAUUAAAGAAACCAGAGCUCACCCAGCUCGUCAGACUGCCUAGGGAACUGGUCUAACGCAGUGGUUUUCACCAGUGUUAUCUGUGGGUUACUGGGGAUCCCUGGAUCAGGACGUAUAGGUUCAGAGUGUAGAACUGCAGGGUGCCAUCAGGAGCCUCCCACCUGCGGGUGUUGGGGAAGAAUAGCAGCAGUGCUCAGUUGUCACAGAUGCCUUAUCAUUUGAAUCUCCUCACAACAAGCUGGAGUGGCAGAAGAUAUUUGAUGUGUCACAGAUAUCUUAAACUUUUCAUCUAGGCUGGAAUGCCUUACAGUAGGAAAAUAAGGCCAAAAGAUACAAACAUUCCUGUCGUAUCUCUACAGUAUCAGUUAAGGCCCAGCAUUGAAAACCAGUGUAUGGGUUUUUUUCUGAAGAUGGGAACUGGAUAUUUCUAGUUCAACAAACCUGAGAUACGAAGGAAGAGACCUUGGAGGGGUGAGAUGAUGCUGUUACUGGGCAUGUGACACUCAUAAAACCAGUGACUGAACACCGAAUCUUAGACACUCGUGUUUUUCUAGCUCUGGACUGGGGAGAGGUGCUUCUGUAGGAGAAUUGAAAUUGCCUGUCUGUGAUUACUUCUUGAAUAUCAAGGGAGAAGUUAUUUUGCGUGUUGGAAUCUCUUAGGUCCUUCGCUUCGUGCCCUGAACAGUGCAUGUCUUGCAAAAGCAUGUACAGUAUGCUGCUUUGAGAAAUGAGCCGUCAGACUGCUACAGCACUACCUACAGGUACCUCAAAGUGUACGCCAUCACAGCGGGUGCCUGCCCUGACUGGCACUACAGCUUCCAAUAAUGACUUGGCUAGUCUCUUUGAGUGUCCUGUGUGUUUUGACUAUGUGCUGCCACCAAUUCUUCAGUGUCAGAGUGGCCAUCUUGUUUGCAGCAACUGUCGCCCCAAACUUACGUGCUGUCCAACCUGCCGAGGCCCGCUGGGCUCCAUUCGUAACCUGGCUAUGGAGAAAGUUGCCAAUUCUGUACUAUUCCCGUGUAAAUAUGCCUCUUCCGGAUGUGAGAUAACUCUGCCACACACAGAAAAAGCAGAACAUGAGGAGCUGUGUGAGUUUAGGCCUUAUUCCUGUCCAUGUCCCGGUGCUUCAUGUAAAUGGCAAGGUUCUCUGGAUGCUGUAAUGCCACAUCUGAUGCAUCAACAUAAGUCAAUUACAACACUUCAGGGAGAAGAUAUAGUGUUCCUUGCUACAGACAUUAAUCUUCCUGGUGCUGUUGACUGGGUUAUGAUGCAGUCUUGUUUUGGCUUUCAUUUCAUGUUAGUAUUGGAGAAACAGGAAAAAUAUGAUGGUCACCAGCAGUUCUUUGCAAUUGUACAGCUGAUAGGAACACGCAAGCAAGCAGAAAACUUUGCUUAUCGACUUGAGUUAAAUGGUCAUAGGCGGCGAUUGACUUGGGAAGCAACUCCUCGAUCUAUCCAUGAGGGAAUUGCAACAGCCAUUAUGAAUAGUGACUGUCUAGUCUUUGACACCAGCAUUGCACAGCUCUUUGCAGAAAAUGGCAAUUUAGGCAUCAAUGUAACUAUAUCCAUGUGUUGAAAUGGCAAUCAAACCUCUUCAGGCCAGUGUUUAAAACCGUUGCAUUUAAUUUAGCAGAAACUAGGGUAACCAUCUUUGACUGUCAGACAAAUUAUUUGGUAGAUGGAGGGUAGACAUAUAUGAAGGGAAACAAAAGGAAAGGCUGUUAAAUUACAGGAAGCAGUUGCAUGUAGUAACACUAAUAUAUUUAAAAUAAGUCAACAGUAAACCACUGAAAAUAUAUAUACACCCAAAAUGGGCAUCUUUUGUAUUAAGAAUUGAUUCUACAGGAAAUGUUGUAAAAUAAUUCUAAAAACUUGUUUGUAGAUUGAUCGUACUGUUGAAAAGGAUACUGUUUCGUGUUUUUGUUUGUGUUUUUUUUCCUCCCCCUUUGACUGACAAGCCAUGUGGAGCGGCCUGGUCUCUGGCCGCUGCUUCCCCUCCUCCCCCCCACCCCCCCUUUGUAAGUCACUACAUAGUAUUGCUGCUGUUUGUGUAUAUUUUUUGUGUAUUUGCUAAUUUUUAUUAACUUCUAGUUUUUCAUUAAAUAAAUAUGACUUUCUUUUCUGUAAUUCAGGUUUUUCUCUUUUUUUGUAUCUUUUUAAAAUUAAUUACAGGUGUCAUCUUUUGAUAUGCAUAAUUGCUAUGGUAAAACUUAUAUUUCUGUAUGUUUGGUAAAUUUUGUCUCUUUCCAGUAGUCAAUUCAUUGGUGAUACUGUUCUUAAUUGAGCUAUUUUGUGAAUGUACUGAACUCGAAAGGAGUAAUUAUGUUCAAAGAUGUAUCAGGAAAGAAAGCUCCUUUAAAAACAGGUCUAGAUGUUGUUGUACUUUGAGUUACCUUCUAACAAAAAUGAACAAUUAUUAAGAAUUUUCCAAAUUAAAACAAUAAUUCACGUUUCAAAUUUAGAGACGCUUAGAAACUUGAUUGCAUCCUUGUAUUUGUUGGUUUUUCAGGACAAAGAAGGUAUUGUCUUACACAGUAUUUGUAAUUAUAAAACCAGACCAUUUGUUUUAAAAAAAAAACAAAAAAAAAGGCAGUCAGAAUGAGAUGUUUUCAGUCUUUUUAUAUUUGUCAUUAAAAGAAUACCUGGCAAAUUAAAAAAAACAACUUUUGCUUUUUGCUUUAGCUCAAAGUUUGACACAUUGAUACUCUCGCUCAGUUUCUCGUCUUCAUGUCUUUUGGUUGUUACUAAAGCAACUGUCUUGAACUGAUUUUUGUAUAUCAUUUUAGUGACAUGAUACGUGUUACAAUGCAAAUAAUCUCUUACAGGUGUGAUUCGCCAGCCACGAAGGCUUUUGAAGGAUAUUGGGCCUUAUGCAGACUGUCUAUAUGUGACAAAUUUAACCAUGAAUGUAUAUGGUGUUUGUGUUACAAAAGAGAGAGAGAGACAGAAAAGAGUAAGGUGAGAAGCCGUUUCUUCUCAAGCUAUUUGAAAGAAAUCUUUGUCGAACCUAGUCGUAGUGGGCAUCUGUUUGGAGAGGUAGCCUGGCUAUUAACUACUUCUGUAACACAUUAAAAUACAGUUUAUUUACUGUGCACUGUCUUAACUUUCUUAUCGGAAGUUGAUCUACUAAGACAACUCUUGUUUUUAUUAUUUUGAGGCAUGAUGAGGUAAGUAGCUCUACAGGUAAGGAACAUAAAAUCCAUCAGGUUGGAUUAAUAAAGUACUACAGAAGUAGCUGGCUUCAUGUAGUGAAAGUAAAAAGCUUCACUUCCUGAAAUUUGAUAAUUAGGCUGUUCGAACUGUGCACAGAUUUCAUUUAAAAGAUGUACUGGUACCUUGUGACAGUAGAUAAACGCUUCAAAAAAAUCCCGCAAUCUAGCGUUUUUUCUUUAUGAAUAUACAACUGAUUGUUUGCAGUCUUCUAAAUUCAGUAAUGAUUCUCACCUAAUUAAGCUUGUCUACAUUUACCUCAGGUUUGUCUUCUGGUCUUUGACAGGAACUUGGCUAAAUACUUCAAAUGUUUUUAGAGGAAUACACUGACUCACCAGCUCACUUGCGCACUCGUGGCUGGCUGGCUUGGACUGAAAUUUGCCUGCCAAGGUUAUCUGAUUUCCAGCUCUCCAGUUUUGUUAAGAAAAUCUAGCUAAGAACCUGUAAGAACUCUCAGCAGUCUGAUACUUACAAUUAGGGAGUAACAGGGCUGCGCAAGCGCACAAGUUGCGUAAGACUCUUCUCUGCUGCUGCUUGUACUUGGAAUGGUUCGACUUGUGUCCCCAAAAGAACUGUGAAUCUUAAAACCUUGUUGCGCUGCUCUGCAGUGAUUUUAUUUAGGCUAGAAUGAGCUGAAGAUCAAGACUAUGCUUUUGAAGGGGACUUUGAAAAUUGCAUUUGUAAUGAGCUUUAGAAGCUAACUGGUAUGGUCAGACAGUUCUUUUAUGUUUUACAGAUGACAAGUGCUAUAGCAUAACUAACGUAUGCUGACUUACUGUAAUGUAAACUGGUCUUACUCCAUUUGGUGUUGAAAAAAAGAAAAUCUGUAUAAAACAUUUGAUGACCACCAUCAGAGGGAGUGAUUAAACAAAUUAUACUUAGGCCCAGAUCCUCAGAAGUAUUAGAAGCCUAAUUCAGUGGAUGUCCUCUAAAGAGUUUGAGGAUCUGGUAAGUCAACUACACUCUGUUAUAUAUGAAAAAAGAAAACGUACUAGAAAUCUGUACAGUUCACUACCUUAUCUAAAAUAAACGGUGUAUUAAAGCC